GAUGAACCCUGUGAAUGUUUGUUUCAUUAGAUAAGUGGAUGACUAUUAGUGUUUUUUAAGAAAAAUUCCAUUAUUACUAUUAUAUUCAUAAACAAUGAAUUCACCGAGUAUUUUAAAAACUACCCGUCGUUCAAGAGGCUAUCGAAGUUUAAGUAAUGAAAUAUCUAACGAGACAGAUACAGAAUUAUCAACUAUACAUGACACUAAUAACAACAAUAGAAAUACAAGACGUACCAGUACAACAUCAUCAUCUAUGCACUUUGCUACUAAUCUUGUUUAUAACUUAUUAAGUCCUAAAUAUUCACCUGUAUUCCGCAGUGCACGAUUUAAACAAAAAUCAAUUCUUAAAGAGACAAAUAAAAGGUCAAACAGAAUUCCAAAUUUGCAUUCAUCAAUUUCUUCCGAAACAUCAUCUUUAGAAUCAUUGGAUUCACUAAGUUCAACAGAUCUGUUACCUUCAGUUGAAGUGAAAAAACAUUCAAAGAAAGUAAUUAAACAAAAUGAUGAAAAAGAUAGAAUUAUGGAAGAGCAAAGGAAUAAUAGUUAUCAACUCACGGAAUCCAAUCUACCUGGGAAUAAUAAUAAUAAUGAACUUAAUGAUAUAAAUGGUCAACAGUCUUUGAAUGUUUAUGAAGGUCGACAAAUCGAUGAUUGUCUAAGUAUUAAACCUACAAACAGAUUGUCAACCUCAAUCCGUAUUAAUAAUAAAAAUCAUGAAAAUUCUGGUGCAUUUAAUAAAAUUAUUCUCAAUUUACCAAUCAAUCGUAUUAAAAAGGAUCACUUAUGCACAACACAAUCUGCUCCAUGUUCUCCAAUAUUUAUGAAAAAAGAACAUACUACACCGACACAUUUGUUUCACACUAUUUUCAAUUCAGAAAGAAUUACUUCACCAUAUUUAAAAAAGAAGCAAAUAUUUCAAUUAAAUCCAGUUAAAGAAACAACUAUAUCAUCAUCUAAUUCAUUGUUAAUAUCGAAUGUAAAAAAUCAUUUAAAUGGAAACCUACUGAUUAAGCGAAAUAAAUCAUAUUGUCAAAAAACCUAUAAUAAUAAUAAUAAUAAAGACAGUAAUAAUCUAAAUAAUUUACCAUUAUCACAGUUAGAAUUAAAUAUUCAGCAAUUCAAAUCGAUUAAUAAGAAACUAGAUGUUGAUAAUUUAGAUGACAAAAGCGCUGGUUAUGUUAAUAAUAAUAAUAAUAAUAAUAUCAAAGGUAAAGCACUAUUGGAUAAUGAUCAUUUUGUAAACAGGAAAAAUGAACUUCGAAUAGAUGUUGUCCUGCCUAAUUCACCAGCAUCACGUGUUGGUCUACGAUCUGGUCAGCAAGUUGUAUCACUAAAUGGUCAGUGCGUACAUGGCUGGGAUCAACUAACAGCGAUGCAUUGGUUUAGGCAUUAUCCUGAUGGUGUAGAUUUAACAAUAACAGUUUUAGAUGAGUUGGAUAAAGCAGAAAAUACAAUUAAAUCAAGAACAACAUCAGUAUGUGAUUUUUCAAUUAAAAAAGAUAGUAUUCGUGAAAACUAUCAAAAUGGUGCAAAUGAUAAAGCGUUCGACGAUUUCGCUUCCAUUAAUUUACCUUUAAAGCCUAAACAAACAGCAGUAACACAGUUCAAUGAAAAAAGUUUAAAUUUAAAUGUCCCAUAUGGAAACCUUUUGGAUUCUUCUUCAGUGACACCAACUAGUUUUAUCAGUAAUGAACAGGAAUCACACUGUGGUCAAGAAAAAGUUUUAAACCCCCUCUUCCUCUUUACUAAACAUGAGAAGAGCAAUACAACUAUACCUAUAAAUACAUGUCAGUCAGCUUAUUUGUGUACACUUGAUUCUUGUCCAUUAAAACGUGAAGACAAAAAAUUAUACAUACCAAAUCCUGAAGUACUGAGUAAUGAUAAUGCAAUUAAUCAUAGUGAAAUUAAACAAGUUGACUCUCAAGAUUAUGAUCUCUUUUAUUGUACUGACCAUAAUAAGAUCGAGAGUACUCAUUUGCAGUUUACUGAACCUGUUAUUCAUCAGUAUAAUCUUCAUAAUGAUAAUAACAACCAUAGUCAAUGUAGUUUAACUAUACCAAAUCAGGAUAAGCUAAUAAAUGAACAAAAUUUAAAUGAUUAUCAGUUUAGUAAAAAUAGAAUAGAUGUAAUUGAAGCAGAUAACGAGAAAAUGGAAUCAUUGAAUAUUCAACCAAAUGAUAAUUUGUUUUUAUCAGAUUCUAUUUUAAGAAAUGAUUAUUUGUAUAAAACUGAUUGUGUUUAAGAUUUAUUUGUUGCUAAGUAUAUUCAAAAAAUAUCAUUUAAGUAAAAAAAAAAUACAUAUUGUAAUUUU